ACUCCCUUUUAGUUUUCUACUCUUGAAUAUUAUUUCAACCAUGAAAUCUGAUGCAGCAUUGGCCCCAAAUAACCAGGAACCAUAUAUUCGUUCUAGAGAGAAUCCAUUAUUUGAUGGCAUUUUAAGCAAAGGUGAUCAAGUUGAUCCCUUCAAAAUUGCUCAUAUUCAGUCUAAGACUAUUGAACAUGAGGAUAAUACAAAACAUCCUGAAAGUGAAGCUGAUCAUGAUGAAAAGCCUUUACGUUCACCUAUAAUAAUAACACAUAUAGAAAAGACAUACACUGUGACUAGAAGAAAAGAAAUGCUAUCAAACAUUAUGCUUCCACUAUCUGCAGCUUCAUAUUAUAAUGGAGUAUCACCACAAGUUGAAAUUGUUGAAUCAUGUCAAAGUUUUGACAAACUCAAUGCAUUUUUAAAAGCAAGAAAGGAUGAUGUAAAUGCUGGUGUACCUGGGAAAUUCUUACAUGUUGUAUUGGGAUCAGAUGAUGCUGAUGUUGGAACUGUGGCUUCAACCAUCAUGUACUCCUUCUACAUAUAUCUAACUUCAAAAAGCGAUCAACUAUGCAUAGUACCAAUUAUCAACAUUAACAGAGCAAAUCUUGCCUCCCAUGUUGAACUCAUGUGGUUGCUUGAUUCGUGUCAAAUUGAUCAAGCAUCCUUAAUUUUUGCAGACGAGAUUGAUAUGUCAUAUUAUGAUCUAUUUGGAAGUCUUAAAAUAGUACUUUUGAAGAGCAGCAGGAUUGCUAAUAAGCAAGAGAAACUGAAGCAGGCUGUGGUUGAAAUUUUUCACUGCAGAAAGGGCGAGACAGUGUAUCCAUGGGUCAAAACUGUGACAAUAGGAGAGGAAAGUUCUUGUUGUACUGCCAUAGCCGAAAAAUUUGCAGCAUACUCCCCUGAAAUUUUGACUAGCAAAUCCUUCAGUAAACUUCUGUUAGCUGGCAUCCUUUUGGAUACUGCGAAUCUAAGGGACCCACGUUGCACCUCCAAAGAUAAGUACAUGGCUUCAUUAUUGAUCAAUGGUGCUGGGCGUUAUGGAUGCAAUGGUCUUUACCAAUUAUUAAAGUACAAGAUACACGACCUAUCCUCUCUACAAGUAGGGGAUAUACUCCGAAAGGAUUUUAAAAAGUGGACAGGACAAGAAAAUACAGAUUCAAGGUCAAUGUCACAAAUGGGAAUGAGUUGCAUCGGAAUUUCAAUCAGACAACUUCUCUCUCACACAAAGAAUCUAGCACAAGAAAUAACAAAUUUCCAAUUGGAAGAGAAACUUCGAGCACUUAUAAUCCUUUCUGGGUAUUACAACGGGGAAAAGAAUUUUAAGAGAGAAGUUUUAGUAUCUACGGAAUCCGUGAAGCUAUUGGAGAGUUUACUAUUUUUCUUCGAUUUCAAUGCCUCUCGGUUGCCACUCAAAACUUUACAUUUUAAAGGCCUUAAAAAUGAGAUGAAAGCAUAUGAAAUUGAUAAGAUUACAUCAAGAAAAAUAGUGGAGCAUCUGAUUGAAGAGUUUGUUGGAAUUCCAAAAGCCUAAUGAAUAGGUUCUUCAAAUGAAAAGAAAUUGUUUAAACUAUAUAAGUGAUUUAGUCGGAUUAAUCAAGUUACAUAUAGGUACACUCACACAAGUGUGAAAUCCAUAUAAUUCGUAACACUCUAAAUUUUA